AUGCCAAAGGGAGAAAAGAAAAAAACUCCCAGCUCUGCACUUCUACCCAUUAGCAAAUUCCGAAGGAAAUUAGUGGAGACUAUUCAAGGCAACACCUUUGUCGUGGUGACGGGUGAGACGGGAAGUGGGAAAACUACCCAACUUCCCAAAUAUUUAUUUGAAGAAGGGUUUGCCAGGCAGGGCACCAUUGCUGUGACACAGCCACGGCGCGUGGCUGCCAUAUCCGUGGCUGAAAGAGUGGCAGAGGAACUAGGCUGCCCAGUGGGGGGCCUUGUGGGAUACCAGGUUCGCUUUGAGGAAUGCAUCUCGGAGGAAACUGCAAUCAAGUAUCUGACGGACGGGUGCCUGUUACGGCAGAUCUUGGCAGACCCACAUCUGACCCAGUACAGCGUCGUCGUUCUGGACGAAGCUCACGAACGGAGUCUCUGCACGGAUAUCCUCUUUGGCCUAUUGAAGCAGCUGCUCCAUCGGGAAAAAGAAGUCAAGAGGAAGGAACCCUUGAAGGUCGUGGUGAUGUCUGCCACCUUGGACGUGGAGAAGUUCUCGGCGUUCUUCGGGCAUUGCUCGGUGGUGGAGAUCCCAGGAAGAAAAUACCUGGUGGAGGAGGUCUUCUGUGAUAGUCUGGGCCCCAGAGAUGCCAACAGCUCUGCCUUCAUCACAGAGACUAUCAAAGUGACCUUGGAUGUCCAUGUGAAUGGCUCGGCUGGAGACAUCCUGGUUUUUCUGACAGGGCAAUCGGAGAUCGAAAGAGCUUGCGAGCUUCUUUUCCAAAAAGCCGAGAUGAUAGAUUACCGCUUUGACGUAAGAGAGCGCUCCGUGGAAGGCUUACUUAUCUUGCCCCUGUACGGAUGCAUGCCAACAGAUCAGCAGAGACGGAUAUUCCUGCCGCCUCCGCCAGGGAUCAGGAAAUGCGUCGUGUCCACAAAUAUCGCAGCAACAUCUUUGACCAUUGAUGGGAUCAAGUAUGUGGUUGAUAGUGGGUUUGUGAAGCAGUUAAGCCACAACCCAAGAGUUGGCUUGGACGUGCUGGAGGUGGUGCCAAUUUCGAAGAGCGAGGCGGUGCAGCGUGCAGGCCGAGCCGGUAGAACAGCAUCUGGGAAAUGCUUCCGGGUCUAUAACAAGGAAUUCUGGGAACAGUGCAUGCCCGACCACAUGGUUCCAGAGAUCCAACGGACCAGUUUGACCUCAGUGAUGCUGACUUUGAAGUGCCUGGCCAUCCACAACGUAAUCAGUCUGCCUCCUAACUUGUCCUGUGCCGUCCUCAAGGCUGCCUCUCUGGGCUGUGAUGACUUGCUGCUCCCCAUUGCAGCCAUGCUGUCUGUGGAGAAGGUCUUCAUUCAUCCAGGGAAUCCACAGAAGCAGAAGGAAGCCGACCUACAGCACCAAAAACUAUCUCUACAAAUGGGAGGACACAAUGACUUUACGACUCUCCUGAACAUCUUUGAGCAAUGCAAAGCAAGCGAGUCUCCUUCUGUUUGGUGUCAAGAAAAUUGGGUCCACUGGAGAGCUGUGAAGCUGGCAUUCAGUGUGGAACAACAGCUUCGUGAAAUCGUCAACAGGUUGAAACAGCUGCCAGACUUCCUAAAGGAAGACUUUGACGGUUCCCGAAACGAGAUCCUAAGGAGGUGUCUGUGCGCGGGUUAUUUUGCCAGCGUGGCACGUAGGUCUGCAGGGAAGUCUUUUCGCACCAUGGAUGGUCACGGUAGCGUGGCCUAUAUUCAUCCAUCAUCUGCUCUCUUUGAUCAGGAAGACCAGCUGGACUGGAUCCUCUUCCAUGACGUUGUGGUGACCUCCAAGGUUUACUUGAGGACGGUGUGUCCAAUUCGCUACGCCUGGGUGCAGGAUCUGCUUCCUCGGCUUCACCAGAUUGAUGCUUACGAACUGAGCAGCGUGGCCCGGGAGAACGUGACAGAGGAGGAAAUGGCUAACUGGAGGAGGAAGGAAGACCUCAAAAGACAGAACGGUGAGCUUCAACGUGAAAAAGCACCAGGUGAAGCCGCCAGGAAGAUGGAGAAGCGGAACGACGAGCAAUCGAUCAGAGAGGCUCGCACUCGGUACCUGGAGAGGAAGCAGCAGAGAGUGCAAGGAUCUGGCAUUUCUUCUAAAGACUCCAGCUAGGCUGUUCACUAUCACCAGCCCGUAACUCCGGUUC